AUGUAUGGCGUCGUUUACGACUCGUAUGAUAAUAGUCUACCCGGUUCACAAUACCAGCCACCAAAUUUGCCGGAUGUGGAAUAUGGUACAGCUUAUGAAAUACGAUGGCUGGUAAUGAUUCCUGCCCGGAUGAAGACUGUCUAUGAUUCUCUACAGCUUAACGGUAACGGCGCAAUAAGGUGCAUGGGGGGCCCCUCAAAAGAACUGUUCCGAACGGCGCAGGGAGUGAUUGGAGGUGCGCCCGGAUUUUUGUACUGGAAAUGA